AUGGAGAUCCGUUGCGGCGGGCUGCUCUUCAGCUCCCGCUUCGACUCGGGCAACCUGGCACACGUAGAGCAGGUAGAACCGCCCGGGGCGGGGGGCGGGGGCCCCGCGGCCUGGGGUGCCGCUCUCCCCGCCGCUGACUACGAGUUCAACGUCUGGACGCGGCCCGACUGUGCCCAGACCGAGUAUGAGAACGGCAACAGGUCCUGGUUCUACUUCAGCGUGCGGGGGGGUGCUCCGGGGAAGCUGAUCAAGCUGCACAUCCUGAACAUGAACAAGCAGAGCCGGCUGUACUCCCAGGGCAUGUCCCCCUUCGUGCGGACCCUGCCCGUGCGGCCCCGCUGGGAGCGCAUCCGCGAGCGGCCCAGCUUCGAGAUGGUGGAGACGCAGUUUGUGCUGUCCUUCGUGCACCGCUUCCUGGAGCACCGUGGUGCCACCACCUACUUUGCCUUCUGCUACCCCUUCUCCUACACGGAGUGCCAGGAGAUGCUGGCACAGCUGGAUGGCCGCUUCCAGGAGUGCAGGCACAUGUCUCCCAGCAGCUCCCUCGACUCUGUCUAUUACCACCGGGAGCUGCUCUGCCACUCCCUGGACAAGCUGCGAGUGGACCUGCUCACCGUCACCUCGUGCCACGGCAUGCUGGAGAAACGGGAGCCCCGGCUGGACAAACUCUUCCCAGACACGACCACUCCCCGGCCACGCCGCUUUGCAGGGAAGAGGGUGUUUUUCCUGAGCAGCAGAGUCCACCCGGGGGAAACACCCUCCAGCUUUGUCUUCAACGGCUUUCUGGACUUCAUCCUGCGGGAGGAGGACCCUCGUGCCCAGAUGCUGCGGCGGAUGUUCGUCUUUAAGCUCAUUCCUAUGCUGAACCCUGACGGGGUGGUGCGGGGCCACUAUCGAACUGACUCCCGUGGGGUAAAUCUGAACCGCCAGUAUCUCAACCCCGACGCCGAGCUGCACCCUGCAGUGUAUGGGGCCAAAGCUGUCCUCCUCUACCACCACGUUCACAGCCGCGUCCUGCCGGGCUCUCCUGACUGGAGGACAUACGUCUCCCCACUCAGCACCAGCUCAUUAAGCACAAAAUCUUCCAACCUUUCCGUCUGCAGCAGCACCCCAUCCCCGGACGCAGCCCUGUCAGAGCUGGAGAAAGCCAAUAACCUCCGCAACUCACCCAGCACCUGGCGUGCCAGCACAUACUUCAGCCCUUCUCAGGAACCCCGGCUCUCGGGAGCACCUGCCACCGAGCUGCAAGGACUGGGCGGCAAGGACCAAGCUGUCUGGAUCCUCCCUUCAAGCCACACCGCGGAGCACUGUGAGGAAGAAGCCAGGAGGCCUCCACCAGCACCUCUCCCCGAAACCAUCCUGCCCCAGGACAGUGGGCUGGCCUACUAUGUCGAUCUCCAUGGGCACGCCUCCAAGCGCGGCUGCUUCAUGUACGGCAACAGUUUCAGUGAUGAAAAUGAUCAGGUGGAGAACAUGUUGUUCCCCAAACUCAUCUCCCUGAACUCACCUCACUUUGACUUCAUGGGCUGUAACUUCUCGGAGAAGAACAUGUACGCCAAAGACAAACGGGAUGGGCAGUCGAAGGAGGGCAGCGGGCGAGUGGCCAUCUACAAAGCCUUGGGGAUCAUCCACAGCUACACACUGGAAUGCAACUACAACACAGGGCGCUCGGUGAACAGCAUCCCCGUGGCCUGCCAUGACAAUGGGAGGGCCAGCCCGCCGCCCCUUCCUGCCUUCCCCUCCAAAUACACCGUGGAGCUGUUUGAGCAGGUCGGGAGAGCCUUGGCUGUGGCAGCACUGGACAUGGCAGAGUGCAAUCCCUGGCCCCGGAUCGUCCUGUCAGAGCAUAGCUGCCUCAGCAACCUGCGAGCCUGGAUGCUGAAGCACGUGCGGGGCAUGAAGGGCACAGGCGGGGGCCCACGGAGGAGAGGAGGUGCCAGGACCCCCCCCAGGAGCUCCACCGGGCUUCCCACCUCAGCCUCCGAUAACGCCCUGUCCCGCAUGAGGAGCUUCAGCAACGGCACCAGCGGGAGCGGCAGCAGCCAGCAGGACUCGCCGCAGAUCAAAGCCUCCCCCAGCUUCACCUUCAGCUGCAGCAGGCCCUCGGGUCCGGCCGCUGUGAGCCAGAGUCUUCAGAAAGGCAGCGCCAGAGCCCCAGCACCGGGCAGAGGUAAGCUGCGCUGGGGACCUCUUGUGCGCUUGAUCCAGUACCUGUCGAGCUGCUGUGUGAAGCCGCAGCCCUGAGGAGAGCUCUGUGCCAGCGUAACAGUGUGCUUUGACGUAAUAAAAGUGGGUUUGCGUGGAAGAAGUGCGUGUGAACCGCCGCCCCCUCCCCUUGGAAGGGUCCUGGAUGCCGUGCUCAGCUCUGUGCUGUGUCCCGAGCAGAGCAGCCCUGGCUGAGUCAGGACAGACGCCACACGGCGAGACCCGUGGCUCCUCCAGCACAGCUUCUGCAGGGAACCAAGGGGGCCUAGCUGAGCUCCUGCCCAACGGCUCUGCAGCCCCUGGCUGGGCAGAAGCUGCCUGCCACUUCUGUUGCACCGAGAUUGCAGGGACUCUGUCCGCUGUGGGCUGCCGGGGGAGAUGGCCCUUCCUGCACUGGUGGUGCAGGGGCCAAGGGGUUUCUGGAGAAGCCAGCACAGAAAACCUCCGCUCAACUUCCCGAGGCCUCAGCUGCUCCCAAAGCAUUCCCAAGGCCUGUAGGGAUACACCAAAGUGCCUUCUCCCUUCCCAGGCACCUGCUGAGCAGCAGUCGAUCAUGGCACAUGACUGUGGUCAUGGUGAGGCAGGCUAGCAGAGCUGUAAUUAGUCACUGGGGGCUUUGAACACACGGUGAGUCCUGUCCGGUGGGGGCCAACUCGCAGCACCAAGCUGCCAAGCCACCUGCACAGCUAGGAGAAAGGCCCUGGCUUACCACCCCGACUCUGGCAGCGGGAGGGUGCCAAAACCAAGGCAAUGCUGGCUUCCUCACCAUGGGGCAGGGGGCUCAGCACCACUGCAGGCUGUGGCAGGGCAGGCAGUGCUGCUCCAGGCC